UUUAGGAGGUAAACAAAUCAAUUGCCUUUUGGCCAGCUGGAAAUGUUCGAGUUUGUGAAACAUCUUUUUAAACUACAAUUCCUGCUAAUAAUUGCUGCGGUUUUAGCCGGCGUUUACUAUAAUCAAAUUGUUAAGUGGAUGGUGGAAAAGUAUGUGGAACCGGAAGGUGAAAGUUUAGCAGUGCAUUAUGAAAACGACGAGACGCAGACGCCAGGAGAGAGGCUUUUUACGCGUGAUGAUUUGGCAAAAUUCAAUGGCGAAAACAACGCACCGAUAUAUUUGGCCAUACUGGGUCAUGUUUUUGAUGUAACCAAAGGUAGAAAGCAUUAUGGACCGGGUUGUGCGUAUAAUUUCUUUGUUGGACGCGACGCAUCUGUUUCAUUUGUUAGUAGUGAAUUCGAAAAUUAUGAAGACGAUAAGGCCGAUGACGUUGUCUCAUUAAGACCCAAUGAUCUCAUCAGCUUGGAAAAUUGGCAACAAUUUUACAAUAAAGACUACACUUACGUAGGCAAACUAAUAGGACGAUUUUAUAAUGGCCGCGGAGAGCCAACCACAUACUAUCACAAGUAUAAAAUGCUUGUGCAACAAGCCAAGUUAGCUAAAACACAAGCAGAGCAGCUACGCGAAAUAUAUCCAGAUUGUAAUAUCGAAUGGUCUGUAGACCGUGGUUCACAUGUGUGGUGCACCAGAACGAGUGGUGGUAAGGAACGGAAUUGGGUGGGAUAUCCUCGUCAAUUGUUUGAAAUCGGUGCUAAUAAUUUCCGCUGUGCCUGUGUACAAGAAAAAGACUUGGACACGACUGAAGUGAUGCUGAAAGAGUACGAAAAUUGCGAUACUCUUUCCCACGAGUGUUAUUAUCAUGUAGACUAGUGAAAUUAACAUAGUUUAAACAUAUAUUAUAUGUAUGUUUGUAAUUUACUGCAUUAUUUUAAAAGGAAAAUGGUAUUCAAUAUUAGUGAAAAGGCAGGUAUUAAUGUUUAUAAUCAAGUAUUUUAUGUACUUAAAUGUAGUUAGACGAAAAAUAGCAAUAUUUGAACUUAACAUAUCCAACGAUAUAUAGAGAGGCCUUAGUGUUCAAGUUUUGUACAAGGAAAAUAAAAAAUUGUUUAUCAAA